AUGUUGAGGGAGACUCGCCGGUCAUACGGCAGUGUUACUUGGAACGUAGGGGAUGCAAUACGUCCCCUCUCGUUUCCCGCCACUAUGAUCGCGUUAGAUUCGAGGAACAUAGUUUUUACGAUAGUCAGUCAAACCGAGCCGUAUCAUUCUAGUGUCGCUAAUCGUCUUAAACAGGAUAUAGAGGAACAAAUAUUCCAAUUGGAGGAGCGAAAACCAGUAGUCCACAUUACUCAUAAAGACUUCCCCGUUUCUGGAGCGUGGACGAUCAUACCACUGCUUCGACCUUUGAUAAAUAAGCAUAAGAACAGUGAUGUCCGAUGGAUUCUUUUCGUUGAACCCCAUACUGCGGUUCGAUGUGAAAAUCUCAUAAAAGCUUUAGCUGCUGCAGAUAAAAAUAAGGAAAUAAUGUGGAUAGGUUAUCCACUGAGGGAUAGCGAACCUACUAUAAUACAUCAUUUUAAGUUUUACGAGGAAUUGGAAGAGGAGGGGGGUUUCGUGUAUCCACAUUUUGCUAGCGGUUUCGCAAUGAGACUUGAGUUUGAUUGA